ACGGAGCGCUAGAGGCUGGAAUUGCUAAGAAACCCAAAUCGGACGGGCAGCGCGCGCGAAAAGGGUUCAGAAACCGAAAUGCGAUGCGGAACCCGGGCGCGACGGAUGUGUGUUUGUGUGCGAGGGUUUGGGGGCACAUCGUUGAUUCUUGUUAUACUUCCGCGUCUGUAGCUUCCGAUUCUCGAAACAGGUCUGGCUGCUAUCGCCUCGAGGUGAGAAUGCCCUCUCCAAAGGAACGCCGCGAAAAGACGCUGAUUGCAUGUCUGCACUUGGGUGCUGUUCGUGCACAUGCAUGGACUCCGCUUCUAAAACACAAGGAACCAGCUUGCACUCGGUACCACACUUGGCUUUCUACGAAUUUGCACUCUGCCGUCUUCGCGGAUCGUUUGGCUCCAAACCUCCGGCUUUGCGGAACCGAUCGCUAACGCAGCAGCAAAAAGAAUGGAAGCAGGUGCUCUCUCUGCUCCAGAGAAAAGUGGCUGUUCCACCAUCUGCCUUGCCAGCCUUCGCUGCCCUGCCUCUCCUGAGCGGCUCCUCAUUUCCGCCCACUGAAACGGCCAUAUUGUCGCUUGCGAGUCCGUCAUUGCUCAGUCUCUGUCGUAGUAUUGUCUUGCCGUCGUUUUGCCCUCUUGCACUUCAGCCUCAUCGCCUCCUUUCUACUCCAUGUUUCUCCUGUAUUGCUGCUCCCGUCUCUUUCUCUGCAACCGCCUCUGACGAACUUCCUGCCCGACGUUUCCUUACUCGACCUCUUGUUUCUCGCCGUAUCGUCUCCACGUUUGUCUCAGUUUUCACAGCGUAAGUCUCCACAGACGCUGUCGUCUUUUUCCUGCUUCUGCAACUGGUAACGGUUCUCCUCUUGCCUUGCGUCCGUGCCUUUUGGUCCUCACAAGCCGGGUGUACGUACACUUCGUUUCGAGUUCCGUGUCAUCCAGGAUUGUCCAAGCGGUGAACGAAAAGCAAGUCCUGCGUUUCGGUGCAGUCACGCCGCUGCAAAGUCCAGACUGUUCGUCGAACUCCUGCGCGUGUGUCUCUCGACUGGAUUUCCUGUCUUCUGAAAGUUUCUCCUGACGCGAGUGCGCUGACACCGGCCUCCAUCGACACGAGCCGUGGCACUCUGUAUUCUUCGUGAGUUCAUUUUCCUCCAUUUAUCUCCAAGAUGUCUAUCGAUCUGCGGCACGAGCCGCGAGACAGCAUCUCAUCUCUCUGCUACGCUCCCAGCCACGGGAAGAGCAUCCUGGCCGCCACAUCGUGGGACAAGACUCUGAGGAUAUACGAUGUGGACGCGAACGAGCAGCUGCAUAAGUUCGAGUUCGACAUGCCUCUUUUGGAUGCGUGCUUUUUGGGGGAUUCUGCGAAGGUCGUCAUCGGCGGCCUGGACAAACAAGUUUCGCUGUGCGACCUGCAGACGGAAAAGGUUGUCUCUCUCGGGUCCCACACCGGCGCAGUCAAACACUGCAGAUAUCACGUGCCGACAAAUCUCGUCUACACCGCCGGCUGGGACGGCAUCGUGAAAGCGUGGGAUCCGCGCAUGCCCCAGAGCGCGCCGAUUUGCCAGGCUCAGCUGCACGGCAAGGCGUUUGCAAUGGACAACAGCGACACGUACUUGACCGUCGCGGACUCGAAGAAGCGCACCUACGUGUACGACCUGCGUCAAGGCCCUCAAGGUCUGGCCUCUCCCGACUUCCGCGACCAAAUUCUGAAAUAUCAAAUUCGAUGCCUUCGGUGCUUCCCGAAUGGAACGGGGUUUGCUGCGGCUUCCAUCGAAGGCCGCGUGGCGUGGGAAUAUUUCGAUAUGAACCCCGAGGUCCAGUCCAAGAAAUAUGCGUUCAAGUGCCACCGUCUGAAAGAGGGAACGGGCGAAGUCGCUUGUCCCGUCAACGCCCUGUCCUUCCAUCCACAGUAUGGAACUUUCGCGACAGGAGGGUCAGAUGGAGGUGUCUCCGUGUGGGACGGCCAAAGCAAGAAGCGGCUGUGGCGUCUCCCUGCCUUCCCCACAAGUGUGGCGGCUUUGGCUUUCAAUCCGAGCGGCAACCAACUCGCGAUCGGCGUGUCAUACCUCUACGAGAAGGGCCCAAUUCCCACAGCGCCUGCGCCUCAGAUUGUUGUUCGCCUAGUCAAAGAUGAAGACGUGAGGCCCAAGGCAUUGCAGGCAUGAAUGUAACUGCUUCUCUCCGUCAGGUUUGUCAGAGUUUCCAGAUAGAAAAUUGCAAUUUCAUCUCUUCGUCAUAAGGUACAAAAAAACUGAUCAGCAACUCAAGUUCAGGCAGAUGUGAGGAGCACGGGAAUGAGUCAGAAGGUGAAGGGGAUUUCCGUGUGGCACAGAUACUGCGAAAAGGGACCGCUGUGCGUUUCUGGGGCAUUCCGAAAGAAAGAAGUGAAUCACAUUCGUGGAGAAUACAUGUUCGGAGCGUGGACAGAGGCCCUUUCUCGCAUUCGACUGAUGACUUCUGUCUCUUUUUCGCCAAUUCUGCUUGUUUAUGCAUACAUUGAGAGCAUUUUGCAUGUGUGCUUUUAAAUUCUCUAAUAUUUUAGACAAGUCUCAAGGUCUUGACUAAACAAGCGAUUUUGGGGUUCGGCUUUGCCACAUCGGAAGCGACAUACCAGUGUGCGUUUUCUGAAGCAAAGGGCUACGCCCCCAAUCUCUAAAAUGCGAUCUACA